ACAAGUUUAGCAGACGGAUUUUAAGUAUUUGUGUAGUUUAUUGGAUGACUUAUAUGAUUUACGAGAUAUGAGAGCCGUAUCCUUUGUAGAACGGCUUGAGAUUGACUUUCACGGCGGACUGUUUAACCAGGCUGUGGCACUGGGCGAUGUGGACAAUGACAAGGGAAAUGAACUUGUUUUAGGAAACAUUGAAGGGGAGUUGGCUGUGUACAAAGGAAGCAAAACCACCCCCUGGAAGAAAUGUGCUGAUUUGGGAAUGAUAACCUGUGUUGGAGUAGGGGACAUACACAACAAUGGAAAGAACAAUGUUGUGACACUGACUGCUGAGGGAUGGUGUUACUUGUUUGAUCUUUCCAGUGAUGGGCUGAGUGAGCAGGUGGGAAAAGAGUAUAGUGAGGAUUUGGACAGAACCAUACAGCCCAGCUUUACACAACAUCUCCCUGCUAAUGGAAAAACUAUGCUGAUGGCUGAUGUUGAUGGAGAUGGCAAAGUGGAGUUAGUGAUAGGGUAUUCUGACAGAGUUGUCCGCUCCUUUCGAUGGCAUGAGGCAACAGGCAAGCUUCAGCAAGGAGGGAAGUGGCAGUUAACUGGACAGAUUGGCUCCAUGACUGUGAAUCUGUCAGCAGAUGGUAUUCCAGAACUGUUGGUAGCUCAGCCAGGAGGAACAUUUGUCACUCUCUUACCUCAGAUACACACAGCCUUGGAAGAGCUGCUAGAGGAAGGUGAGGAUACAGCCAGCCAGUCCCUGGUGUACAGGUAUCACCCUUUGGCUUCCUCACGAGCAAGGAACAGCAGCGUGACCACAGAGAUCGUCGGCUGCAUCAGUCGGGGACCAGAGAGCCAAUCAAACCGGGCAAGUUACUAUGCCCUGGUCACACUGGAUGGCACUAUGAUGCUGGUAGAAGAUGACAGGAUACUGUGGAGUUUGCAAGUGGAUCAUCAACUUUUCUCACUGGCAAAACUUGAUGUCACAGGUAAUGGCAGAGAAGAAGUAGUGGUGUCUUCAUGGGAUGGGCAAACAUAUAUUGUCAACCACAACAGAGAAGUGGUUCGUUACCAAUUUGAAGAAAGUGUAGCUGCAUUCCAUGCUGGUCAUUAUUCUGUUGUGGAGGGAAAGAAUGUGCCAUGUUUUGUGUACGUGACUUUCAGUAAUCGUAUCUAUGUCUACUACAACUUGUACCUACCUCAAGUGGAGUCUACUAGCCUGAUAGAGGCCAUGGGGAAUCUGACAGAAACACAGCAGCUGCUGGCAAGGCUCAACAUCAACACCUCCAGUACUUCUCAGCUGAGACAACUGUACCGCUGGUGUCUGUAUGGCAAACACAAAAGCCCCAAGACUUGAAUCCAUGACAUCCAAUGAAAAUACUGAAACUCCAGAGAUGAGCCAGUCUGUAGAACAGAACAGUUCUGCAGAAAUAGGCCCAGGUUGAAGACGCACUGGUCCUUAAUGACUUCAAGCAUAUGGAAGAUAGAUGUGCAGUAUAAGGCAUUGUGAUAUUGAUGUACCUGAUUUCUGCAAGGUAUCCAGAUACCUUAAUGUAGCAUGGAAAUGGAAAUGGGUUUGGCGAAAUUACGAAUGAUGGUUGUAUCAACACAACCCUUAGGUUUGACAUAAAUUUCACUAAUACAGGCUCUUUGAUUCAUGAAAUAAUGAUGAAUGUAGGGCAUGCAGCCCAACUACUCUAAAUGGCCUUAAAUAUUGCAAACAAUAGCUCAUUUUUUGAUGCAAAUAAAUGUCACAAAAUAUUAUUUUCGGUGCUGAAACUUACAAUUUUCCAGUAAAAUAUCAUCCCAUGUUCCAAGCAAACCCCAAAAUACCUUUCUAAUAUCAGUAGAACUCUCAGAAUGAGGAAAAAUGUGUAGGUUAGUCAUGGACGAAAAUUAUGGUCAUUUUCUAUUUGUUUUCUACCUUUAUAAGACGAUGUAAGAAACAUUGUGGAAUGACUUGUAUUAAACUCAUCUCUAAACAGUGCUUAUCAUGAAUGUAAUAGCCAAAGAUGAAAGGGUUAAUAUUAUAUACAUGGAUUGAUGGUCGGGUAAGCUGUGUGUAACUCCUGCAGUGGUUACCCCCAAGCCUGCUCCUGCACCCCUCCUGCACAUGUGUUUGAAAUAUUCCUUGGUAUGGUUUAAAGUACAAUAUUGAUUCCUGAUUACAUGUAUCUGUACCAGAAGUGAACUCAUGUGUGCAUUUAAAACUGUAUUGGCUGACAAGAAACCAUUUCCCUCACCCAGCUCGUGAGAAGGUUUGUCAGCAACCUGCGGAUGGUCGUGGGUUUCCUUCCAUCAUAAUGCAGGCUGCCAUUGUAUAAUUUAAGUGUUCUUUAGUAUGACUUAAACUGCAAUGUAAUAAUAAAUAAUAAUAAUUUCAACUCACGCUCGCACCAUUUUGUUUUUCUGGA